AUGCCGGCAACUUUGAACACGCUGCCGGUCGAAUUGCUCCUUCAUAUUUCCGCCAACAUCAGGACGCUUCGAAAUGUUCUGAGGCUAGCGUCGUGCUCUCGCCGAUUAUACGAUAUAUUGAUCCCCUGGGCCUAUCGCUCUAUUCAUCUCAAAGAGUCUCCGCGCCUUGCUUCGGGUGUUCUACGCGCGGUUUUGCUGAAUCCGAAUCUAGCCCAGUGUGUUCGAGAGCUCGAUGUUACCCUUUCAGAUCCCGUUUCCUUUAGCCCAUGUGAAGAGUCUGGUGGUUCAGACAGGCCAAUGCCUCUUCCAAUCGACCCCGGACUUCUUGAACGUGCUGUUGACGAUGCAAGCUACUCAACAGAUGAGAAAACUAAGUGGCUGGGCGAUCUGGAGAAGGGAAAGCCGGAUGCGUAUAUUGGUCUACUGCUGGUAUCAUUAGCUGGGCUGAAAAGAUUAUCCCUUACGUCUGUGGGAGACGAAGUGUACUGCCACAAGAUCCUGGAACGCGCAUCCGAGGGCAAGAAGCCGUUCGACGAGACGGGUCCACGAUUCGCACGUCUCGUUGAAGCAAGGGUUUUCGAUAUUGGUCAGUCCCGGUACUUCACCUCGAACAAGCUCAUCCCGUUUCUCCGUUUUCCGGCGUUACGCAGCAUAUACGCGACUGCGAUUUUUGAUAACGAUGAAGCUUGGCAGCAGCAAGAGAGUUCGAACAUCACGCACUUGAAUCUCACUGGCCAGGUUUGCAUAAAUGGCUUACACGGGCUUCUUCCAAGCUGCAAGUAUCUAAAAUCGUUCGAAUACACACAUUGUUAUCCGGGCACGCAGGGCAGCUUCGAGCCGAAGCGGCUUUAUAAUUCCCUGCUUGAGGUUAAGGAUACCCUUGAACGUCUCUCUAUCAAGUCCUACCAACGUCACCAAAGUGAUUACGCCCUCGUGGGUUCAUUCGCCGCCUUUACAUCUCUUAAAUACCUUGAAAUAGGCGUGGAGUUUCUUCGCAGCACGGAUUGUCACUCGAAGCUUCAUAUCCUGCUACCUCGCUCUCUGGAGGCUCUCUUUAUCGAUCGCGUAAACGGAGAUUGCUUAAGCUGGGUCCUGCAGGAACUGAAUACGUGGAUAGACGACUGGGCGAAGUACACGCCGAACUUUAAUCAUCUUGAAGUCGACAGUUCUGAUACCCUCACCGAGGCGCAACACGAUGAGAUCAUGGUGCACUGUCAGAGAUGGGGUGACGUCCUGGGCGAUCAUGCUACGAUCAACUGGGAAAUAUGA